GUGAUAAUUUAUUUUUGCCCACACACAACCCGUCCCAUGAUACUUUUUAUUCAAAUUAGUCUAGAGCCCUCAUGCGGUUAAGUUGCGACAAUCUUUUGGAAAUUACUGUAAGCUGUCGAUUCGAUGGCGUACGUUCGAACAGCUCGUCGAAUACUUUCAUGCGCACUUCAAAAAGUAAGCCAGUCUUUGAGCUCUGUCCAUCCAGGAGCGAUCGUAUUGACCACUUGGACCAUACCAGUCCAACAUUACUAUUCUAACCUUCAGUUCCGUUAGAAGCACAUCUUGAAACCUGUGGUUGUGUGCAAUUUGCUGGAUAAUAUUCUAACUUGCGUUUCAAGCUUCCACGGAAUACCGGCUUCUUUCGGUGGAAAUUGUUUACGAAAUCCCCCAAAACAAUCAAAGAGAACUGCUGGAGACUAUGACCUGAUCCACCUCUAUUAACUCCUGAUUGUACCAAGCGGACUUGAGCGACUCUAAUGUGAAGCCUGCCCUCAACGGCUGGAUCUCUGGCAUGCGACUAAGUGGUCAAGAUGCCCAGCGGAGACAAGAAGCACCGGCACACGGAUGUCAAAAGGGACAAGGAGUUGGAUAAACUACUACGGCUUCUUAGUACACCGUCAAACAAACAACAGCUACCUCCCCUCGACUUUGACGCUGGCAAUAACAACAAUAACAACAACAGCCCAGAUGGCAAGGGCUUCCAACAUGGCUCAUCCACGACGGUCGGUCUCCACUGCUCCCCUCCAAACGGCAAUGGCUACAGCCAUCAACACCAGAUAUUUGAGGCAUCCGCUCUGGAGAGCUUCAGUUCUAAGUACCAGACAGAAAGGAAUUUCAGCGGUCAUGUUUUCAACAAGCAGUUUGAUCAGAUUUUUACAGCAAUAGUCAAGCACAGAUUAUGUUGCUCAGAAUGGGUAGAGCGAGUUCCGACGGAGCACAUUGUCCGGGUGCUCAUCGUCUUGAGGCUGUUCCUCCGGGACCAGUCCUACCAGAAGACACUGUUUGAACUGGGUGGGGUUAAAGUACUUUCCCAGAAAUUAUUAACAGCGACUGAGAAUUACUUGAACAGAGGCGAUUCUGAACCUUUCAUGGUGGACAUACUCAAAGAAAUGUCAAAUAUUUUCCAGAAGUUGUCUGGUAACGUGAAGCAGAGAGACUGGUUAAUAGCAUGUGGGGCUCACAGGCCUUUAGUGAUGUUGCUGUCAGCCAGUGAUGUAAUGGUCCUACAUUGCUCCCUCUAUGCUCUCAUCGGUAUGGCUCAGAGCCCUGAACCUAGAGCAAUCAUAGGAGAGCUGUACUGUGUAGAGACACUGCUCAGGAUACUACAAGACUAUGACAUCCUCUCCAAAAAACUUGCUGCCUGGUUGUUGAAGGUGUUAUGUCUGGAAGAGCAAGUGGGAGAGCAGGUGAAGAUCUUUGAUGGGAUGCCCAUUCUUCUCAGCAUUCUACACUCGGAUAACAUCAGUCUACUCUGUGAUGUGGUUUGGUGCAUAGCACAGCUAGCUCAAGACCAGGAUGCAAGUAAUGAUGUCAGGAGUAUGGGGGGAAUCCCCCUCCUUCUUGCGCUCUUACAUGAUCGUGAAUUCAGCUCUGAUAGAGGGUCAUCCCACGCUUUGGCCAGUGCAGGUUCAUCAGGCAGACAUCAUUCGCUUCCAUUCCCCGUCCAUGAUAAUGGUGAUGUUCAAUUGGAGCACAUAUUAUCUCUGAAAUCAGCAUGCUGUGCAGCUCUGACUGAACUGGUGCGCAACGACACCAACGCUCAGCAGAUUGUUCAGAACAAUGGUAUCUACAGCGUGGGCAUGCUCAUCUUCCCUCAGAAGACCUCCACCAAGGCCGAGAGUGAGGCUGUACAGACUUUACAGAAAAAUUCUUUCCGAUCGCUGAGGUUUCUGUUCAGCAUGGAGAGGAAUCGUCGUCUCUUCAAACGUCUUUUUCCUCCCGGUCUUUUCGAGAAGUUCAUCGAUGUGGGUCACUACCAGAGGGAUAUCAGUGCCUACAAGAGCCUGGUAGAGAUGCUCUCUGCUCUACCCGCUGAUCUGUUGGACACUAUCAAGGUGAACUUUGAGGAGACAAAUCAGAACAAGGAGCCUACGCAGUCCAUCUCUGGAUACCUGGUCUAUGAGCAUCUAGGAACAGGUGCCUUUGGCAGUGUCUACAAGGUGAAGAAGAACGCCGGUGGCAACUUCCUAGCCCUGAAGGAGAUCUCCUUCAACAACCCUGCUGUAGGUAGGACAGCCAAGGAGAAAGAGAAGAGCAUAGAGAGUAUCAUCAGCGAACUCAGUAUCGUCAAGGAGCACAUGAGACAUCCCAACGUUGUGCGCUACUACAGGACGUUUACAGAACCUCAAGUUGAGAAGAUGUACAUCAUAAUGGAGCUCAUAGAGGGAGCCCCACUCUACGAACAUUUCAACUCACUUAAAGAGAAGAAUGAGAACUUCUCAGAGGAGAGGAUAUGGCAUAUAUUUAUUCAAAUUGUGCUGGCAUUGAGAUAUCUGCAUAAAGAGAAGAAGAUUGUACACAGAGAUUUGACACCUAAUAACAUCAUGCUUGGAGAAAGGGAUAGGGUUACCAUCACUGAUUUUGGUCUUGCUAGAGCCAGGCAGCCUGAUGCGAGCAAGAUGACAUCAGUGGUAGGAACCAUACUCUACAGCUGCCCUGAGAUUGUGCAGUCCACACCAUAUGGUGAGAAAGCUGAUGUUUGGGCAGCUGGAUGCGUUCUUUAUCAGAUGUGUACUCUCAAGCCACCAUUCUACAGCGCCAAUAUGCUUGCACUGGCUAGCAAAAUUGUAGAAGCUGACUAUGAACCUUUACCUGCCGAUCAAUACUCUGACCUUGUCAGCACCACGAUUAGGAGAUGCUUGACCGCUGACCCAGAGGAGCGACCUGACAUUGUGGUCGUGGCAGGUCUUAUAGCGGACAUGAUCAUGCGUCACAUGGAUGGCCUGAGAACGUCUCAGAUAUCUCUGGAGAAGAAGCUGGAGAGAGAACGCAAGAGAACUCAAAGGCACUACCACGAGGCAACAAGGAACAUGCAGAACUAUCAUCGUUUGUUCUUGGCCUCCCAAGAGAAGAUAGACCGUCUAGCUAACCUAUCGGGUAGCGGAGGAGCAGUCAGCAUCAAGAGCGACUCAGAGAUCAAUGAUGUCUUUGAGUCCUGUGAUGAGCUAUCAAGUACAGCCGGUAGUCAAGCAGACCUUGGUCCUAUCAGACCCAAACACAUCUCGGUCGAUACGGACAAGAGUGCAGAGAGUGGUAUAGAGGAGGAUGAUCCCACAACUUGUGAUAGUCUAGACAGCAGCUCAGGUAGCUCAGUCCUAGGCUCUAGCCUUAAUUCCAUCACUAGUCACGGUCAUGCAGUGCCCCGCCCCCCAAACUCACCCCGCCCCUCCGUCCCCAUCAUCAUCAAGAGGCCCUUCACUGCAGAAUCACCAGCAACGAAGGGUCUCCUGUCACCGAGUGAGAUACCUUCGGGGUCAUUGACCUUCCGACCAUCAGGAACCACCCUUCAUAGAGCAUUCAGUGGCUCAUCAAUAGAGACACUCAAACGACAGACAUCAUCAUCAUCGGCCAACCAGAGGAUGCGGCCGCCCUCAGCUGCAGCCACGUUGACCAUCUCACCCCGCAAGGUCCGUCAGAUUAGCGAUCCCGUCCUAAAGAUCCUUCACCUCAUCCACAAGCUCAUCUUCAUAUGCCAGCUACCGCCGACGCUUGCCCCUAACCCUCGUCGUAAGGUCAUAGAACGGUUCAAGAGGGCGCUGUUUGCUCCGCAGAGUAAUUCGGUUAAUCUCAAAAAUGAACUCAAAAAGGUGAUCCUGGGGUCUAAGGAGUUAAUAGAUUUGAACCUUGGUGUAGGUGAAGCGGCCCUUUUACUCAGACAAGCCAACCAGGAAGAAGCUUGCUACCAAGUCACAGGAGAAACAUCAGCUCAUGUGAACUUGCCUAUGGAUCCAAAUGACUCGGACAUAGGGAUCACGUAUGAACAGAUGCAGAACUUCAUUGAGAGUGUACUAGCAGAAUGCGGUUACUACAGUAUGUCACCACAUGCAAGGAGAAAAUUACCACUGGGACCUAUAGGUGGAGCACCCCUGAUGAUACAGAGGAUGGCAUCGUUUGACAUCUGAGGAUUCUUGCAGACAUUCUUCUAGCUGCUGCUUCAGUCGUGACCUUGCCCAACAACCCUCAAAGUAUGAUACACCGAGGAUGCAUUUAUAUGAAGGAACAGUGAGUACAGUUGGCAUCUAGGAGUUUAGAGGGAUGUCUUAUUGACCACUGCUUUGGAAUCCUAGGACCUUUCAAAGGUGUCCUUUGACAUCUGAGGAUUCGUGCAGACAUUCUUCUAGCUGCUGCUUCAGUCGUGACCUUGCCCAACGACCCUCAAAGUAUUAUACACAAGAGGACACAUGUAUGUGAAGGAACAGUGAGUACAGUUUGCUUCUAGGAGUUCAGAGGAAUAUCUUAUUGACCACUGCUUUGAAAUCCUAGGACCUUUCAAAGGUGGAUUGACCCCUCUGAGGGUCUGGAUGUCCAUUGUUCCAUUAAGGUCAUUUGAUAUAGAUUGCUCUUGCAUGUAGGUUUCCACCAAGGGAGGACAGGCCUAUUUGUUCCUGCGCAGUGUUUGAAGAAAAAUUUUUUUGGAAAGGUUUGAGCAGAAGCACUCUCCUUCAUGAUCUGAUCUGCACCGAGAAUUUCCUACAAGGAAUUCCUGGACCCUACCUCCUGCUCCUGUAGGUGAGAACAGUUUCCUCUGGAUGUUGGCAACCUUACCGUCAAUAGACAGAGCUGUAGUCGGCCAUUCCAAGCCCCAAUAGAGAGAAUUUGUGACUUCACAUGAGGAUUUUCCUGCCACCUGAAAGUCAGAACAGCUUCCUCAAGGAAUGGACCAUUUGUGCCAUCUUUGAAUGGUUCUAUAGUCAGCCACCCCUGCUCUAAUGGAGAGACUUUCAGAGCCAUAUGUAAGAUCAAACCUGUGUAUAGCAAGCGACCGCCCAAGGGAAACACAAAAAGUGGUCUUUGUAGACAGGUUCCUUUAUUUCAUGUUUCAAUGAGAAACCAUUUUCAAGAGAAAUAAAAAAUGUGGUCUUUGUAGACAGGUGGUCUUUAUAGACAGGUGGUCACUAAAGCAGGUUUGACUGUACGAGAGAAUCCUUCAAUUGGGCUAUGGAGUGUUUUCUCAAUCAAACUAGAGUCUGUCUGGAGGGUCAACCGACAAGUCGUAGAGUUCCCAUAUUUUUCUACAAGUACAGCGAGGGACAGUCAUUUGAAAUUCAGUUUCGAUGUCAUGUAAUGCAUGCUUUUUGCUGUAGGGGGGAACAAAUAGUACAUGGGAGAAAUUAACGACUUAAUUUUGCUCUUGAUGAUGUAAUUAAUUGGCUAUUCAUAUAAAACCUUGAUCAUCAAUGUGCAAUGCCAAACUAUGCUUCAAGUGUCGCCAUUGAUAGCAUAUGUUGAAGGAGUUCAUGCCUCAAUCAGCAAUAUAAAAUACAUUCAGAACUUGGAGGAAAGGUUUCAUAUUAAAGCUGUAUUUGCUUUUCCCAUAAGAUAACAGUGGUAUUUUUAUUGGGCCUCAGUUCAAAUCGGUUGAAAGAAGGAAAUUUUUUAUUUUAAUAUUUCAUUAUUUCAACAUAUAUAAAACUAAACAUUUUGGGUCAAAAUCAUGAAUAAGUCUUGCUAAUGUGGUGUACAUGUUUCAUACUGUAAUAUUUCAAAUGGAGUAAAUGAUUGUUUUUCAGCAAUUUGGUAUUGAUGCAGAGAGACACAUGAAGACCUCUCUUCCUGAAACACAUUAGCUUGUUAGCCACUGCCUUUGCAUUACACUGUCACUUACAAAAAGAUAUUCCAUUCUCUGCCAGCUUUCGAAAUAGAGGUAAAAUUGCUGCACAGUUUGUGUCAUAAUAAGGGACAGUCACCAAUUGAAUCUGUUCAAUGUCAGUAUGUGUGCCUACCAAUUCUGAUGGAUAUUAUUCUUUUUAAAAGAAAGAAUUCAAUAAUUAUUUUGAAUUUAAAGUGCACUAAAGUGAUCACCUUGAUUUCAAUGUAACGAUGUGUGCUGUUGUAUAUUUAUUGAUUUUGUAAUUUUGAUAAAUAUUUGAUACCUACUAAUUUGGGUAUAUACAUUUACGUACCUAUACAUAAUUUAUGCUGUGUCAACGGGAAUUCACUGUUGUGAUUGCAUAUCAAGAUGUCUAGCUGUCUUUAUAUUUAUCUACAUGAAAUGCCUUAUUAUAUUAUGAACUUGCGCUUAUUCUGCUGAGAGCCUUAAGGGCAUUUACUUUGUAGUGAUACGAGUUAACACCCCCCCCCCCCUUUCUCCUCUCUACAGACAAUGACAUACAUGUGCAUUUCUAUAGGCAACAUCCUUGUGGAUUUUAAUUUGUGAAAACCUUGAUUGCACUAUCAUGGGGAAGAAUUAUGUACUGCAAAAUGGCAUAAAAUCACCCUAAAAUUCUUUGAGAAGUUCAAAUGCUGAAGUAUCAAAGAGCAUAAGGUGGAAAAUGACUUCAUAUCAAGACUGCCAUGGAACUUAUCCUUUUAUCUCUAUUAAUUAGGGGGUAAUUUCAGUGUGUAUACAUGCUUUAUGUAAGAAGUAAUAUUUAGAGUUGAUAUUCUUUUUGAAAUUGUAAGUAUGCCAGCAUGGAACUACAAACAUACUGGACAAAACUAUAUUGUGGUCGCUUUCCUUAUUCAGUUUUCAAAUGGGAGGGAAAGCACUUUAGGAUUGAAUAAGGGAGGUACUGGACAGGUGUUACUGAUUAUAGAUUAUUUUCUCUUUCCGUUAAAAGAUGAUUUAACCUUUAUUGGGGAGUGUCAGACAAGAAAAGCUCAUAGGACAACAAUCAAAGCUUGAACAGAGUGGUGUAACAGCAUCCUAUCAAUAUGCUGAUAUGUUAACUUGAUGGUUACAUAAAUUGAAGUAUCGCACUGCUUACAAGACUUUGAAUUCAUAAAAGUGAUGUAUUUUUGCUACAGACUAAAGUGCCAAGUAUUGCAUAUCUUUAUACCGGUAUUCAAAAAGACACCAUGCACAAAGUAAAAAUCUACAACAAAUUUUAGUCUUCAAUUAAAAAAAAACUGAACAAGAUGAAUUCCAAACUGGGAGUCUGUUGUACAUAAAGAAAGUGGACUCAUAUAUAUGUAUAAAUGACAGAGUAUAUAAGAGGUAUAUUAUAUCAUACAUAUAAAGCAGAGUGUUUGAAGGUAGAUGAGGCAUACAUCCACAGGGAAAAGUGGAUUGUCAUGCUUAUUUUUGUAGAGAGUAUAAAAAGAGGUAUUUUUUUGAGAUUUUCUCUAUUAAGGAAAUGUGUAAAUUCAUAGCAAUUUUGUCUACAGAGCAAAAAUUAUGCAAGGGAUAUAUUACAGGAUUGUACAUGCACUUUAUACAAAUACACUUUUCAAGAACAAUCAAGAUUCAUUUCCGGGUAAGUCGAUUCAAAUCGCACUUGCCAAAGUAAUACAACUUUCGGAAAUUUUACAUGAAUAUAUUUUCAAUUUUAGGCAAAGAAAAUUUGGGCAUUAAGUGUUCACAAAAUAUGCUACAAAAAUGUAAGUUAUUUAAUGAGAUUGAUAUGAUAUUUUUGUAGAUGCUGUUUCAGGGUAAACUGUAUAAGGAGAGUGUCAUUUUUAUGGUCGGCAUUUGACUAUAUGUAUUCUUUUUAAGUGAAUAGGAGCCCAGACAAUGCUCAGAGCAUAUAUGUGAACUGAGCAGCAAAAGUUAGAUCUAAAUUUCUCCAAAAAAAAAUCAUAAUUUUAUGUCAUGCAUGAAAAUGUAUUUACCAUAUUUGUGUAGUUCUCUGUGGUACUUGAUAUAACACGGUACAUCAUGGUGUAUCCAUUCAACCUGAAAUUUACAGAAGAGUAGAUGACUAUUUUGUAUAAUAAUGAGCUCUGUUUUGCCUUCAUAUGAAUACACCUCGUCUUUUCUAUGUCACUGUUGACCAGAAUAUGGACAAGCUUUUAAGUUGAUAGAGAAAAUAUUUAUUUUCUUAGAGUGUGUCUUAUUUUCACAAAGUUGUAUUGAUAUAUUUGAUGUACUUGUUCUGUAGGAUUGCCUAUUAUAUAUCUGUAUACUAGUGUGCGUUUGUGUGUGUUGUGGCAUUAUAAUCUUUAAUAUCCAAUUCCGUCCAUUGAAAUUGUAAGUGGCUCAUAUAUUUAUGUAAAUAUUCUGUUGAUGAGUCGGGCACCGAGUGUCGUAAUUCAUUGAGCAUAAAAAGAAAAUGUUUGUAAUGGUGCUUGUUUAAAAAAAUAUAUUAUAGAUGUGAAUUUACAUUUUACAAGGUAACAGAAUUGUGCAUGUACGCUGUAUGUGCAUACAUCAAUAACAGUGAUUGUGUGUACACGUGCAUUGAGAUGAUUUGUAUAUAAAUAUGUUCUGAAUGUUUGAAAUGUUUUGAUUUUUAUGAUGAUAAAACAUCAAUGUGUGUACUUGUCAAAUACAGAAUGACUGCAAAUUCCUUAAUGCUACUGUUAUUGACAUUCAUUGUCCAAUUUAUACUACUUUCAUAGCAAUAUCAGAUUAAACAAUAAUUGAUGUGUUGAGAGAGGGAUUACAUUUUUUUGGUCAGUAUUUUCAAUCUUAUCCAAUCUAAAGCAUUCAAACUGUGUUUAACAGUAAGGGAUAUAUUGCAACCAAUGUGUAAAGAAUAGAUAAAUGAAAUUCGUAGCCAUGAAAUGGGGGGGGGGGGGGGGGAAUCAGACAGUGUGUUUAACCGAUGACUUGUUAGAACAGACUAAGGUGCUUUCUUCAAAUUUAUUAUGACAGAAAUUCAAAGCACUUCCUCAUUUACGCCACCUAAUUUGAAGGUUUCUUCACAAGCCUGACUUUUAAUCUAAAAACAUUAAAAGAAUAAAUUUUAAAAAGUUGUAUUGGGAAAUGUGAUUUUUUUUUUUAAUAAUUCAAUUGUAUUUGAUGUAGAGGACCAAUAUCCUGUUUUCUGAUUCAUGGAAAGAAAUCUUUUUUUUAAAUGUAUCUUCACUUUGUGUGCUAGUAUUUUGCAGCUCAUUUAUCUGAUCCAUCACUCUGUCAAUCUUGAAAGCUUUGAUUGAGUAUACUGCAAAGUCAGAUUCUAAAACCCUAUCUAGCCUAGCUUCCAAACUUGGUGAUGAUUUUCCGCACCUUGGUGUUAAAUGCUGCCCAGAAGAUAAGUAUUUUGGUCUGGGGCUAAGUCUAGUGUGAUCAAACAAAAUCACUCUAGUGGUAGCUGCUUUUACUAGGCUCAGUCCCAGUCCCUGCCAAUAUUUUCACUCGAAGCAAAUAUAAGAAUAAAGAGGGCUGCAAGAAGGACAAAUUGUUGAUCAGACUUAGAACUAGGCUAGACAAGGACUGUCGAGAGUGUUAUACAAUGCACCAUGAGCACUCCACAGAGUGAAUUUGUCGCUAUUAAAGUUACAUUUAUUAUUAUCAUAACUAGAAAUUUUUGUGACAUGAAGUUUCUGGUUUAACAGUAGAGUGAAUAUUAUAUUAAGAAUCUUCCAUUCCGUCCUCGGCCAGCUUAUUGCUAUGCCUUGUAAAUAUAAGACUUAUCACGAUGCACAUAUUGUAAAUAGUUAUAUCUCUGUAUAUUGCAUGAAUUGUCCAUUACAAAAAUGAUGACUGAAGAUAUGAUUGUAUAGUUUGCUAAAAUUUGUUUUGAGACGUCGCGACAUCUCCUUGAUUUUGCUUCAUAAGCAUGUUAAAAUAACACAAGUUUGUAUAUUUUCUUUGUUGAAAACUUUGAGUUUAUUGUACUUUAAGAUAAGUGAAUAUGAUAAAUAUUGCAUGCCUAUUGUUUGAAAAUGCAGGAAAACACUUGGAAUUGAAGACAUAUUUUAUUUUUUUAUUUCUUAUAUUCUCUGAUUAGAAAAACAAAUUUUUCUGUUUGUUUGUUGUUGAUUUUUAAAUGUCAGAAUAACCGUGGUAGCCCAAUAUCAAGUGUUCUUCUUCAAAAUUAGUUUGACUGCUUUCGUUUUUUUGUUAGAAAUCAAUGUGAAUUUAAAUGAUUAGCCUCAUGUGAACACCUUGUUGAAAAACCUUGCAAUUUUGUCUCAAUUUCAAAUAGAUUAAUCAAAUAUUGACAAGAGUGUCUUCUUCAAAUUAGCCUUGUAUAAAAGCCUACCUUGGUGAAAAAUCUUUCAAUUUUUGAAUUUUAAUGGAUUUGAUAAUUUGCCUGGA